GCACCCUCCACCCUGGCCCUCGCCACGAGCUCAACCUCUGGACGCGCACAGCCGGCCCUGCUCAGGGCAUCUUCUUUGGGGACCGCUUCUUGGAAAUCGGCCUCUGGCGCCUGGGGGAUGUAGAUGGCAAGCACUUCGUCAUCUCCCAGGUGGGAGGGCAGACGGCCCAAACCUACCGCAGCGACAACAGGCUGUUUCCGGGGCCAAACGGUCACUGGACAGGCGUGCUGGACAGGUAUGCCGAGUACCACUGCGGCUCCAUCCACGCGGCCUUCGGCACUUGCACUGGCCUCGCCACCGGCGACCGCUUCAUCCAGUUGGGUGAUUGGCGCCUCGCCGACAUCGACGGGGACCACUUUUCCAUCUCCUGCAAGACGGGGCAAACGUCGCAGGUGUUCCACCGCAGCGGCACAGUGCUACCCGGGCCCCGCAGCGACUUCGGGGCCUGGAAGCGCGAGACGCGUGGCCUGGAGUACCCCGGAGUGGCGCUGGGCGACCGCUUCCUUCAGAUCGGGCAAUGGCGGCUGUGGGCUGAGGGUACCCAGCUGAGCUUGUCGCACCAGACCGGGGCGACAGUCAAGGUCUACCAGUCGGACGGCUCCAGCGCAGGAAGCCUCCCCGCCGCCACCGCUGCGCUGGCGCGCUUGGCCACCGGCACGGGCAUCGGCUUUGGCGACCGCUUCCUUCAGGUGGGCCACUUCCGCCUCGGGGACGUCGACGGCACGCACUUCGCCAUCUCCCACGACGGCGGCCUUUCCGAGGUCCAUCACAGCGACGGGACGGUUCUCCCGCCAGGCUCCACCAUGACCACCCUGGGCCGGCGCUUGGAGGAGUGCGAGCUCCUCUGA